GAGGCGUGGCCAACGCGACGCGUCCUCGCGGUGUGGAGCGUCGAUAAAGGCGCAGCGCGUCCCUCCGCGGAGCGUCAGUGCGGCGAGAUGUUCAACAGCCUCCUGCAACAGCUCGACGACGAGCCCUUCUUCGCGUAAGUCUCACACACUUCUUUCCAGGUGCAUCAUGAGCGCAUGCGGCAGAUGAUGAGGGGUUUCCCUGACCCCUUCGGUCAGGGCUUCAUGCCCAGCAUCACAGACGAGAUGGGUCUCAGCGCUGCGGCUCAACCCAACACCAGCCCAGGCGUCCUCAGUGACCGAGAGCUGGAUUUCCCACGCAGUCCUUUCUCUAUGAUGGACAGCAUGAGGAACAGGAUGGAGGCGAUGCAUAGAAAUUUAGAGAACUUGGCGUCAGACCCCAGCAGUCACUCGUACUCCUCUUCCUCCGUCAUGACGUACUCGAAGAUGGGAGAAGAGCCGCCCAAAGUGUUCCAGGCCUCGUCUCAGAAGCGCUGUGCUCCUGGAGGAAUCAAGGAGACCAGGAAGAGUCUGAAGGACUCUGAGAGCGGACUAGAGAAGAUGUCCAUCAGCCAUCACAUCCAGGACAGAGGCCACGUCAUCGAGAGGAAGGAGAACAAGAAGACCGGGGAGAAGGAGCUCAAGCAGGACUUCCAGAACAUGGACGAAACGGAGGCCCAGUCCUUCGACGACGAGUGGAAGCGCGAGGUGUCCAGGUUCAGGACGUCUACACCCAUGUCCCUCCUGGAAGCACAGAGACACUGAGUGGUCCACGAGCGCCCAUCACAGCCCCACAGGACACACGCAGAGAGGACAGCGAAUCAAACCCAGCACAAUGAACUCAACUUUAAAGGCUCUGACAUGAAGAAGAAGAAGCACUAAAGCUCAUUCAC